AAGCGUUUACGGAUUUAAAAACUGAAAACAAACGAAGCGACGCGAUGGAGCCAGCCGAAAGUCCAGAAAAAUUAAUGAAAUUCGUACGCCGCAGUGACGUACUGGAAUACGUGGGCAACACGAGUGCCGUCGAUCUAUCGAGCGGUGAUCUCUCCGACAUCGAUCUCAAGGACGUGCCGGCCCAACUGGAGGCCACUUUGAAACCGCGUCGCUAUGAAGCAAGCACUUUGUUUAACAUUGACCUGGACGAUAUCUGGGAUCCUAGCUGUCAGGAGGACGAGGUGCAGCAGUACAAGGAGCGCGCCCAGAAGGAGCAGCAAAAGUUCUUCGACUUUGUAAUGCAUGCGGCACUGGACACGGACAAUCGCAAGGUUAGCUUCAAGCCAAACAAGGAGCAGCAGCGUUACCUAGAUCAGGGACCCAAUUUGCAAAACUUCGUGCGAAGCUCGUUGGCUUUCACAAACGCGGCCAUCCGAUUUCAGGCGGAGCACGAGGACAUGAUGGAGCUGCAGUGCAAUAUGGACGAUCACUACCUAUUCAUGCGGAACACCAUGAUCAACAACGCUAUACACCAGAAUAUGGCCAACCAACGGUGACCCUAAGCUAUGCAUAAAUAUACAUAUGUGAAUUGUAGAUAUUGAUAAAUUAAAUUAAGACUCAGAGAUUGUAAGACGGUUUGCUUUUGGCUUAUACAGUAUAAUUCGCUUAGCUGCCUCGAGUACUUUGCACAAUGCCUCGAUGCAGGUAACUUAAAAAUGCAGCUAACUUAAUUUUUUUUUUUCUAUUUUCUAUUUUCUAUUCACACAAAAAAAUGGAAAAAUAAUGCAGAUAUCUUGCCGAUGCAGCUAACUAUCGAUGCAGCUAAGCGAAUUAUACUGUAUUUAUUUCUACCCUAAUAUGUAACUCCCUAAGUUGCACUUCUGAUGAUGGCUGCCUUUAAGUCUGACCGAAAGAAAUGAAAACCGAUCAAACGUCUUGAAAACAUUGUCUGUAUGUAAACUG